AAUCACUCUCUUCUUCUUCAACAAUUGCCUGUACGUAGAAAACAGGAAACAGUUUAGACCGUUAACCAGAAAUGAACGCCGUCCCUUCUUCUUCCUCUUCCGCCUUCGCUUUCGUAACUCAGUCCAAGAACCCUAAUUAUAUCUUCAAGCUCACACAUAAUGUACCCAUUUUGCCCCUACACUCACAUGCUCCGUGUUGCUCUCUCAGUGACUCAUCCUCCUCGUACACCACGGUGCUGGACAAUAGUUCCCUUUCAUCGGAUCAGAAUUACAGUAAUGCAGUUUCGCCCGAAGACUCGGGCUCCGUGGAUGCCCUUGCCGUUCGCCGGCCGUUGACUGAUUUUUCCGGCAAAGAGGAAGAAGAGAAGGAGGUGGAGGAGGAGGAAGAGAAGGAGAAUGAGGCGGAUGACGGUGGUGACGCGAAGGCUUCCACGAUCGACGCGGGGCUCGCGAAAUUCGCGAAGAAGAUGCCCAUGUUUGAACCUGAGAGGUUGGAAUCGAAAGAGAGACCCCUCAAAGUGAAUUUGGACUUGGCGUUAUACAGGGCGAAGCUUAUGGCUAGAAGAAGCUUUCGAUAUGAAGAAGCAGAGGCAUUGCUUCGAAAGUGUAUAAGCUUUUGGCCUGAAGAUGGUCGACCUUACGUGGUACUUGGAAAGAUUUUGAGCAAGCAAUCGAAAACAGGUGAAGCCAGAGAGAUAUACGAGAAGGGUUGCCAGGCUACGCAGGGUGAAAAUGCUUACAUUUGGCAGUGCUGGGCUGUUCUUGAAAUGCAAAUGGGAAAUUUCAGGAGGGCAAGAGAGUUGUUUGAUGCUGCCACGGUUGCUGAUAAGAAGCAUGUUGCUGCUUGGCAUGGGUGGGCAGUUCUAGAGUUAAAGCAGGGAAAUAUAAAGAAGGCAAGGAGUCUACUCGGUAAAGGUCUUCAAUAUGGUGGACAGAAUGAGUACAUAUACCAAACACUUGCACUGCUUGAAGCUAGAGCAAAAAGAUAUCAGCAGGCUCGUUAUUUAUUCAAUCAGGCCACAAAGUGUAAUCCUAAUAGCUGUGCUAGUUGGCUUAGUUGGGCUCAAAUGGAGGUGGAACAAGAAAACUACCGUGCUGCUAGGAAAUUGUUUGAGAAAGCAGUGCAGGCUAGUCCCAAAAAUAGGUUUGCUUGGCAUGUAUGGGGCGUUUUUGAAGCAAACAUUGGCAACAUUGACAAGGGAAGAAAACUUUUAAAGAUAGGCCACACUCUAAAUCCGAGGGAUGCUGUUCUACUUCAAUCUCUUGCUUUAUUAGAAUACCAACACUCAACUGCAAACCUUGCUCGGGUUUUGUUCAGGAGAGCGUCAGAAUUGAAUCCAAGGCACCAACCUGUUUGGUUUGCUUGGGGUUGGAUGGAAUGGAAGGAAGGAAACAUGAAUAAAGCCAGAGAAUUCUACCAAAAAACACUCUCAAUUGAUCAGAACAGUGAAACUGCUGCCAGAUGCCUUCAGGCUUGGGGUGUUCUGGAGCAGAGGCUUGGCAAUCUUUCUACUGCACGUAGAUUAUUUAAAUCCUCGCUGAAUGUAAAUUCUCAGAGUUAUGUGACAUGGAUGACUUGGGCAACAAUGGAGGAAGAACAAGGAAACUCCGUGCGUGCUGAAGAGAUUCGUAAUCUCUAUUUCCAACAGCGCACAGAAGUUGUAGAUGAUGCUUCAUGGGUUAUGGGAUUCUUAGAUAUUUUAGACCCGGCCAUUGACACUUUAAAGACGCUCCUCAAGCUGAGUCCAAAUUCCUACAAUAUGCCAUUUAAUUCUUUGAGAAAUAUUUCGGGAACAGAUAAAAACAGUGACGAUUUUUCUAUUGAAGACGAUUAUGAGUAUGAUGCAAAUGGUGAAAGUGACUUCGAUUUGGAUGCUUUCAUUAUGAAAAGACUAUCCUUAGAUUCCUCCAAUCUGGAAGUUCAGUUGGAAGCACCCAAAACUUCUUCUGAAAAGAGAAUUCCAUCUGGUAGAAGGAUAUGGCGACCAAAUAACAGAAUUGCUAAAGUGCAAGUCUAAAGAAAUGUUGUUUAGUUGUUGUCUUGUAAAAAUUGUUUUGAUUUUAAUAGAGUGAGUGACCAUGGCAUGUCAUGACAGGUGUUUUGCCUUGUGUUGAACAAGGCCAUAGAAACGAAUAUUUUUUAAUACAAUAGAAAUAUACUAAUUUCUCAUUUAAGUUUUUUU